GUUGGGCAGUGGCGGUAGUUCGGAGACGCUGCUGAUAGCUGUUUGAUUUUAUUUUAGUCAUUUUUUAAACAAAAAAAAAUGUGCAUUUUUGUUCUUUGAGGUCUUUUCACACAUAAUAGGAUUGUCUGUUUGUUCGGACGACACUCUUUAUUCCUCUGCCGACCGAGAACAAGCUGAAUCAGAUGGGAACCGAGGAGAGAGAUUGGGUGGAUGUGGCCAAUGAUCUCCUCUGCAAGUGUCACAUUAACCAGAGGAUACAGAGGCUCACGGAGUGUGAUGCCAGCGUGUUCGUAGCCUUAUAUGAAGCUAUCUUGGGAGAAAAAGUACCAGAUUACAUCAUUGUGCCCAAGAGCCAAGAAGAUGAUAUCCACAACGUACAAUCUGUGAUUGACUCGCUGGCCUUGGACUAUCUCCAGAUCAGCUUAUCUCACAUCACAGGUGAGAACAUUGUGAGAGGAGAUAAGGAUUCCAUCCGUAACCUUCUGGAGAUCUUCGACGGGCUGCUGGAGUAUCUCACGGAGCAGCUCAGCGAUGAAGAGCUCCAGAAUGGAGAGCUCAAUGGUACGGUUGACCCUGCAGAAGCACAGGAGCAGGAUAAAGAGGAGAUCAUGUCUCAGAUCUCUAGCACACUUUCUGCUGCCCAGUCCAGUAAAUACUCCGUCCAUUCCUGGAACGGGGACGAAUCCGAGUCAACCGCCGAGCUGAUCCGGUUGGGCGAUUCAGCCCGUACAUUCACAACAAAGCAAGAAGUGCGCUCACACCCCCUGCCUUCAGUCGUUUCUACUGCAAAAGCUCCCAGUGACCCUGACCUCAACCCCCCCACAGCGCGACCCCCUGAGCAGCACGAGCUUUUCCAUUCAGCCGUUCCUCAGCAGCCUCCCAAACAGACCACUGCACACCAGGCAGGGAGACCCUCAUCAUCACCGCCUCCCACAGAGGAUAACAAAGGAGAUGCACAGGGGACAAACAGACAGAACGGUCAUUCCCCCAAGUGUAACGGUGUUCAGACGAACGGGAUCCACACUUCUGAAAGCGAGAGGUCUGUGCAGAGUCUGAAAGAAACGCAGCCUGAGGCUCCCAAAGCACAAGUGGAGAGCGGUAGUGAAGGAGGACGGCGUGUCCUGUUCCGCACUCAGCCAGACGUGCUGCUCCUGUCCCUCCAGCACGAGCACAGCCAGAGAGAGGACACGCGCAUGCACACGCACAGCCCAGCAGAAGAAGGACAGAGCGACGAAGAGCGGCUCCACAGCUCCGGCUCAUCUUCUGGAAGACGGAGGAGCUACAGGAGCAGGAGGCUGGCUAAGGAAACCGAGGACCCGUUAUCCAUACGCAGUCAGAAGAACAGACAGGCCGAGCAGGAGCUGCACGAGAUGUCCGAGAAACUCGCUCGCCGUCUCGAGGAGCUCGAUCUUAUGCUGAAGAGGGCUCUGGGGGAGACGGCAGACGUGUCGAAGCCCGCAGAGGAGGACAAACACUCCCACCACAGCGACAGUGUCAUGGAGUGCAGACGUGUCCCCAGACCCACAGAUAAGACCCCUGUGGACAGACCUCCUCGCACACGCUCCCUCUCUCCUUCUCCUUCUCCUCCUCCUGUAUGUCAUUCCAGUCAGAGCAUGCUAGAGGGCGCUCCGCUCACACACACGCGACAACACACGGCCAAGAGGCGGCACGACGAGCUCCGACGCAUUCAGGACCAGCGCAGAAAAAGCCAGAUGGUGGCUGAAGCUUAUGAGGCAGACCUGAAGAACUUUGAUGAGGAGCAGAGAGUAGACUUGGCCAUCGAGAGACUGCGAGCUCAGGAGGCUGAGCAGGAGUACAGAGAGGCCGUCCGUAAAGAAGCGUCUCGCGCGUCAAAGUCUCAUAACUACGGAUCUAAAUCGACACACUCGAACAAGAAUCCCCGCUCGAAACCUGCGGCUCCCAGCAGACCACGCGUCCAGACCCGCAAAACAGCCCCACUGCGGGUGAAGGAGAACGACUUGCUCCCAGCUCUAUUGGACGAUUUCCCUCCUCUGCAGUUCUCUCCUCACACACUGUCCCGCAUGUGGAAGCAGCAGCUCCGGCAGGUCGACCAGCUCGGUGCUAUAGACCAGCAGCACAAACGCACACGCAAACACGCCAACCAGCUAGAGGAGGCCCAAAAGAGACAUGACUUGCUCAUGGAUAUCCUCUGCAAAGAGCAGGAGCACAGUCGUCGCCUGAAGGAUAUCCGAGAGAGAAUCCAGCAGCAGAGGUCUACGCAGAACAAGCUGCGGGAGCAGAGGCAGCAGGUGGCCCGCGCUCGCAAAUACCACAGCGAUUACCACGUGCAGCUGCGUGCCCGACUCCUCCGAGCCCGCACACGAGAGGAGAGGAUGUUGCGUCAGGUGUUCGAAGAGGGUCUGGAGCUGCAGAAGGCCCGUCUAAGGGAGCAGCGUACGUACGCUAAAGAACAGCGUCAGGAGCGCUCACGCAAACGCAAAGAUGAAAUUGAGGCCAUGGAGAACUACUACAGGGACCAGUUUUCCAUGCUGGCUGAAAGACUCGCCCUGGAGCGCCAGGAGAUCCAGGUACGGAAGAAAGCCCAGGAAAAGGCGCUGCACAAGAUGAAACGGGAGCUGAGGAGCAAAAUGGAGCGAGAGAUCCGGGAGUUGCAGAAGAUUAUCAUUCAGGACGACGAAGAAGACUACUUCCGUGAGCUGGAGGUGGAGCGGCUGCGUCGGCGCGUGCAGAUGGCUUCCUUCCAGUACGGCACGAGCUGCACGUACUGACUCUGACAACAGGCCGGUGAGAAGCCUGAUCAAGGGGAAACUCUCUUCCUCUCGGGACCACUCUCAACCUCCACUCUUCCUAACACCAGGCUGGAGGCAUCUCCACCUGCCGUCACUGAGCUGGAUGACUGCACAAGGGCUUCUGCUGAGCACAGCUCUACGAGUAGAGGAAUCUCAAAUGGGGACAAAUGGCAAAAAUCGAUCACUUUUUUUUUUCUUUAAAGACAUUUUGACCAUCACAGUGUUUAGUUUGGACAGUGCACAUGUACAAGAAAUAGGUUUCAGUCGUAAUUUUAUUUAUUGUCUAUCAAAAUAAAUCCUUGAAAAAAGGAAAAGGAGGAAUUUUAAGGUCCAAGCUGCAGCUUGUUACGGUUACAGUGAUGGGUUUUAUAAGCAUAUUAAGGCAUUUGUGAUGUAAUUUAUUGCAAUAUUUGAUGCACAAAUUAGGCGAUGUGACAGUAUAUAGACUCUAAGGGUUAGGUUUCCCCAAUAUGCAACCAAUGAGGAUUAUAUAUGUAUAAAAAAUAUAUAUAAAAUAAUUACGACAUUGCAAUAUAUAGGAAAAAAAAUGCCUUAUGUCUAAAUGCCUUAGCUGGAGCCUCCCUCGCCACAUUAUUACACUCGUACGCCGGAAACUGUGAUUCAAACUAAACAUUAUGCUUCAUACUUUUCAAUCUCUCUGUUAAUUUUUUAUUAUUUUUAAAUACUAUUCCACUCCUCAAGACAUGACUGCAGUGGCAUGUUGUGCAACAAUGAUUUACGUAGUGUGAAAAUAACUUUUCUCUUUCGUUACAAUGAUGUAGCAGAGGUGGACAAAGUACCCAAGUUCAUUACUUAAAGUGCCAUUCCACCACUGGAUGUAUUCUUUGGCAUAAAAUACAAUAUAUUUUAUGACAACAUGACUAUAC